AUGCCCAAUAUAUACAUAAACGAAAAACUGACUGCACUGGAAAGAAAAUACCUGAAAAACGACAAAUUUAAAGAAAUUGUUUGGUGUGAUAUAAAGAACGAUACUGAAACACUGCGUGUAGGAGUAUGCUACAGAGUACCAGAUUCAACAAAAGAGAAUGACAGCGAAUUACGUGAACUGAUCAGAAAUGCCACAAAAGUGCCUUGCGUAAUAAUGGGAGACUUUAACCACCAUAUUGACUGGAAUCAUAGAGAAGGCCAAAAGGUGGUAGACGAACUGUUUCUGGACUGCAUAGACGAAAACUUCGUUACUCAGCAUGUGAUGGAGCCAACAAGGGGAGAAAAUAUAUUAAAGUUAAUAAUAUCAACAGAAGAGAACAUAAUAGAAGAAGUUAGAGUAGGAGAAGAAUUUGGAACGAGCGAUCAUAGGAUACUUAGAUUCAACAUAGUCCAACAUGGUUUUAUGAAAGGACGAUCCUGUCUAUCUAACCUAUUGGAUUUUUUUGAAGAUGUUUAUGCUAACCUAGACCAGAAUAACUCGACAGUUGAUACCAGUUCUCAGAAGAAAGCCAGCAAUGCAGCUCUUCUGAGGAUGAAGAAGAUGAGUUGCUAUUACUAUGCGGAGAUGAAGAAAGAAGAGGAAAAUAAAAAAGAAUUAGUUGAAAAAUAUCGAGACAGAGCUCAGGAGCGUCAAGAAUGA